AUGUGGGUCUCACUAAAAGACAAAAUUCAGCGAUAUGUGAUAGAAUUGAGCGCCCAAUUGAAAGGGCUGCAGAAAUCUGUAAUUGACAAAAAGGACAAGGCAGGGAACUCGAUAUCUUCCCUGAGGUCCCAGCAGCAGGAAGCUGAGUCCUGGUGCCAGCAUUGCCUGACAAACCAGGCUUUGCCCCAAAAUGGAAUGGACCAUACAAUGUGGGCAGUUGCAAACAUGAAAGGUGUGAUCCAACCUGUUCUAGUUGUUUUAUUCCUAAGUGGAGGCAUUAUGAGCCAGGAUCUAACAAACUAUUUAGAACGUCUAGAAUACUUUUAUGAAUGCCCGAAAGAGUGUCGAUGCCCUUCUACUUAUUCAAAUGCCCUGUACUGUGACAACCAAAACCUCAAAGAGAUGCCCAAAAUGCCAUCAAGGGUUUUGUAUGGGUACAUUCAGAACAAUUUCAUCGAAGCACUCCCAGAAAAGUCCUUCAAGAACAAAACCCAAUUGAGAUGGAUAAACCUAAAUAAGAAUAUGAUUACAAAUGGCAACAUUGAUAAAGGCCUGUUUCAGAAGAUGGAAAAUCUGCUUCACCUGUACAUGGAUGAUAAUAAUCUUGAGGAAGUGCCUGCACCCCUGCCAAGCAGCUUAGAGCAUCUUCGCCUGGCCAGAAAUAAGAUUUCUCGCAUACCAGAGGGAGCUUUCACCAACCUGGACAAACUGAUAUUGCUGGACCUGCAAGGUAACAACUUGAAAGACCUUGCCAUUGAGGCGAACACUUUUCAAGGACUGAAGAGUCUACUGCAGCUCAAUUUGGCCAAGAAUGCCCUCAAGAAAAUGCCCCCACAAAUCCCCAAUUCAACUCUGCAACUCUUCUUGGACAAUAACUCCAUUAAAACCAUCCCACAGGACUACUUCAGUGGACUUCCAAAGCUGUCUUUCGUCAGGCUAAAUCAUAACAAGAUUUCCGACACUGGAAUUCCUGAGUUUGUUUUUAACGUGUCAUCCAUAAUAGACUUGCAGUUGUCACACAAUCAACUCACUAUAGUUCCACCCAUCCACCUCAGUCUUGAACACUUGUACCUCGACCACAACCAAAUCAAAAACAUUAAUGGAGCUCAGGUCUGCCCCAUACCCAUCAACACACUUAGCCAGGUGCCCUCAACGGAUCAUCAGCCUCGUCUCCGUUACCUCCGCCUUGAUGGCAAUGGAAUCAAACCUCCCAUUCCUCUAGAGCUCUUGAUGUGUUUUAGACUUCUUACUGGAAUUGUCAUUUAAGUAGUCAUGCUUACUCUCCAACUCAGUUCCGAGAGAAAGAGAAAAACAUGCAGGUCUUGCGGGUCUGAAACUUGCAGUUUGAGAUGAUUCCUAUUUGCAUACCAUCUAAACUGAAAAAAUGGCAAUAAAAUAAAUCCAGUAAUGGCAGAAAAGCACUGGCAAUAAUUCAAACACAUUUAUCUUAAAUAAAUACCAAUCUGAACUUCAUUGAAUUCUGGCCAGAAAAGAAAAUCACCCAGUAUUAUUAUCAUAGGCAGAUUUUCCAAGCCCUUACUUGCAAUUA